CGGCGGCAGUGUGGUUGUUUGCACGCGGUUAAGAGAGUGGACUGAACCUGGCUGUGGCGUUGAUGAGGGUGACGACCAAGCACUUGAGAUAAACUGUAACUGCGUGGGCUAGAGUGUGGAUUGAGCUGACAUGCUUCUGAAGUGACUCGUUGCUGAAAUGACUCACUGCUGAAUUGACUCGCUGCUGGAAGGACUCGCUGCUGAAGCGACUCACUGCUGCCCUGAACGAGUGGCCUGGGGCGAUUGCCGGGCCACGUGUGACGCUGUGAAGGCUGCAUGGGGUUAUUCGGGGACAACUGAAAUGCCGGAAACACUGCUACUCUAAUCUCAGGACGGGAGCUUGCUCGGCAGAUCCACAGAGAAGUACAGAGUGAGAUUUUGGAGAUGGUGGCUCAGGGCUACAGAAGACCACACCUGAGCGUUAUCCUCGUGGGGAAUGACCCUGCCAGUCACUGCUACGUACGGAACAAAACACGAACCGCCACUGCACUGGGUAUGAGCAGCAGUACGGUGUUUCGGCCGGAGUCUGUAUCCCAGGACGAGCUAUUGGACCUAAUUGACUCGAUGAACCGGGAGCGCAGAGUGAGCGGCGUUCUGGUCCAGCUCCCACUGCCAGAGCACAUUAGUGAGCGUGCAGUGUGUAACGCUGUUGCUCCGGAGAAGGACGUGGACGGAUUUCACAUCGUAAACGUUGGGAAGCUCAGUCUGGAUCAGCGCUGCAUGAUUCCAGCCACAGCCAGCGCAGUCUGGGAGAUCAUCCGCAGAACAGGUAUAGAGACAGUGGGGAAGAACGUGGUUGUGGUUGGACGCUCUAAAAAUGUUGGAAUGCCGAUUGCGAUGCUGCUCCAUUCAGACAGACGCCACGAACGACCCGGAGGUGAUGCCACAGUGACCAUCACCCACCGGUGCACGCCCCGCCCCCAGCUGAAGGAAAUAUCCCGCCUGGCUGACAUCAUCAUCUCUGCUGCAGGUGUUCCUCACCUAAUUACCGCAGACAUGGUAAAAGAGAGUGCUGCAGUGAUUGAUGUUGGUAUUAACCGUGUUCAGAACACAACCAGUGGAGAACUCUGCCUUGUAGGAGAUGUAGAUUUUGAAGGUGUGAGAGAGAAAGCAGCGUUUAUCACUCCGGUGCCCGGAGGAGUUGGACCCAUGACCAUUGCCAUGGUGAUGAAAAACACAGUCAUUGCAGCCAGAAAUGCACUCAUACACUAAACACACACACACAUGCUGAACACAAAAACACAUGUAGGACUAUUUCAAUUAUGCAAUUUAAUAAUUAAAAACUUUUUAUUGUUUUGAACCACAUGACCUCAGAUCAACAGCUAAUAAACAACCAUAAACACUCA